AUGAUUUCGGUCUGGACCUACGUGGCUCUGUUGCUAACUUCUGUGACCUCGGCAGCUUUUGACCCUACUGGCAACACUAAUCUCGUAGCCUACUGGGGUCAAAAUUCAUACGGAGCAACGCAUACGUCUGACACGGCCAACUGGCAGACAAACUUGGCUCAUUACUGUCAGGACGAUACUGUUGACGUUUUCCCUUUGGCGUUUCUGGACGUGUUCUUUGGCAUAGGAAGUCUACCAGAAAUCAACUUCGCUAAUACCUGUAACGAUGUCGACGAUGCGGUGUUUCCUGGAAGCGACUUAGCCAACUGUCAGUUUAUGGCUACUGAUAUCCAGACGUGUCAAGCGGCGGGAAAAAUUAUCACUCUUAGUAUGGGCGGAGCGACGGGAGCAGAUACUUUCACUUCGGAGUCUCAGGCCGAGGAUUUCGCGGAUCUAAUUUGGGAUCUUUUCUUGGGAGGGACAUCAAAUACGCGACCAUUCGGUGACGCUGUUCUUGACGGAAUUGAUCUGGAUAUCGAAGGUGGCGGAACCGCCAAUUUUGCUGCAUUCGUGAACAGAAUUAGGACCCUUGCAGAGGGUGCCAGCAAGGCAUAUUACAUUACCGGAGCGCCUCAGUGCCCUUUCCCCGAUGCCAAUCUUGACACGGUCCUCAAUGCUGUUGGAUUUGAUGCUGUCUAUGUUCAGUUCUACAACAAUUACUGCGAAGUGUCAAACUACAAUGUAGCUGGGGAUUGGGACUUCUCUUCGUGGGACAACUGGGCUAAGACGACCUCCCCCAAUCCUGACGUCAAAAUCUACAUUGGCGCACCUGCUUCUUCAACAGCGGCUACAAAUGGCUAUGCUGACGCCUCUGCUCUGAGCACUAUUCUUCAAGCAACGAAAGCCACGUAUUCGUCAUUCGGUGGCGCGAUGCUUUGGGAUAUCAGUCAAGCCUAUGCAAAUGGACGGUUCGAUCAAGCGGUCAAGACAGCUCUACUCGGAGGGUCCAGUGCUCCAACCACCUCUGGAGGUUCUACGACGACAACUAAGACGACGAUAACUAGCUCAAGUAGUGUUACUAGUACGACAAGUGUUGCAACCAACGGAGACUGUGCCGGAGUGGCGGCAUGGGUAUCGACUGUUGCCUAUGUCGGCGGAUCGCAGGUCACAUACAACGGUCACUUGUGGACGGCUAACUACUGGUCUGAAGCUGAUGUUCCUGGAGUCUUACAUCUUGGACCAGGAGCUUCUGGUGACUGGGCAGACGAUGGCGUUUGUACAACUGAUGCAACUUUAAUCCCUGCUGUAGCUUCUGCUACUUUAUCCGCUGCGAGCAUCACUGCUCACGUUUCUUCAACUGCGUCAGCUAGUAGCGUCAGUGUUCAGGCCGCUUCGUCUGCUGCUGCACCGACAGUUUCCGUUUCUUCUGCUGCAACUAGCAGCUUCAAGACUGCAUCUAUUGCGCCUACGGUAUCGGUCUCGUCCGCCGUUGACGCCAGCGUCGCCUCUGCUAAAUCUGUGAUCAUUGCUGCUUCAGCUGACUCAGAAACCCUCAGCGCUACUACCUCAGCUGUGAAGAGGUCCCGCUUUUUCAAAUUCUAA